AUGAAGGUUAAGAGCGGAGCCCGUCAAUCCAUGGCGAAGCCAUGGUGGUCAAGGGCGGAACCCGCCGACCACCCCUUAUGUAACCCGACCACCCCUUUUGGAGCGACAGUCGCUCCUAAAGGGGUAUUAGGAUACGACAACAUUUCUGCACGAUUCGAAUCUACCACCCCUUUAGGAGCGACAGUCGCUCCUAAAGAGGUGAUGGAUUGCUUGGAGGAAAUUUUCUUAAAUCCAAAUGCGCCGGAAGGUGUAAAUGACGAGUUUGUGUACGAAGAGCCCGAUGACGAAUUUGAAUCCCCAGAUGUCCGUGAUGAAUUUGAUUACGAUCACGAUGUGUUUGACACACACAUAGAUUUGGUAGACUGGGCUCAAAGAACGACAAAGGAGCUUGGUUAUGUGUUAGUAACACGAAGAUCAAAUGUCACAAAAGGCGGAGAAGUUAAAAAGGUGGUCCUUAUUUGCAACCGUGGUGGAAAAAAAGAUAAGCGGUCAACCGGGGCACCCAAAGGGAGUACCAAAAUUGACUGUCCAUUCAAAUUGGUAGGCCGUCUGACAAAGGACCAUAGUUGGUGGGUUGAAGUUAUAGAUCACCGACAUAACCAUCCAUCAGCUCGUAAUUUGGAAGGUAUUGCGUACGCAAGACGACUAACCGAUGUUCAAAAAGAAUUUGUGGACGAAAAGGCGUUGCUAGGUUUUGGGCCAAAUAGCAUAAGGGACCAAUUGAAGGAUGCAUUUCCCGGCAUCUUGACUCGUUCACAAGACAUUUCUAACUACCUGCGGCAACACCGGCUAAAGCACGCCCAACAACGAGGGGAAACUCGAAUGCAGAUCGUGCUCCAAUUACUAUCUGACCAUCAGUACACGUAUCAGUACACGACGGAUAGCAAAACCGGAUGUUUGACCAAUCUCUUUUUCGUACAUCCUACAUCACUUGACAUAUGGCGUGCAUUUCCUUGGAUCAUUGAAAUAGACGCCACGUAUAAAACCAACGUUUACAACAUGCCGCUUGUUGAGAUUGUGGGUGUCACUCCAACUGGCAAGACAUUCAGCAUUGCGCACGCACUUAUUGAAAAUGAGCAACAUGCGGCAUACACAUGGGUGUUACAGUGCUUGAGGUCGACGCUCGAAGAAGGGUUCGUCGUGCGUGUGGCACUCACUGAUCGGGAUCUGGCCCUCAUGAAAGCGAAUACACAUUUGGAGGAAUAUUGA